AUGAGCAACGGGAUGACGAAACCCCUUUCGAAGGGGAAAGCAAAGGAAUUGAACGGACUGUUGGAACAGUUGAUGCAACUAGGUGCACCCGAUUAUGACGCUGUUGACGCCUGCUUGGAUCAGCAUCGGAACAUGUACGGCGUGCUGGAACGCAUCCGACGGCUGGAGCCAAAGCUUCGCACUACAAACGAUCGUCCGCGGAUGGAAAAUGUGGAAAACUUCACCAAAUGGGCCACCGGUAAAGGGUGCACGCUAAAGAACGUGCGCAUCGCAGAGCAGGCCGAAUACGGUGGACUUGGCCUGGAAGCGACCGGUACCAUCUCGGACACCUUCAUCGAGGUACCACGAUCGCUGUUCUUCUACAUCGACAAUAGUGACCGCUUUAGGAAGCUGCUCGAGCUGAUGCCGGCGGCUAUGAUGCGCGAUCAGGGCAAUGUUAUGCUUGCCUUAGGCCUCAUUAUGGAGCGCUUCCGGAAGGAUAGUUUCUGGGAGCCGUACUUCGACGUGUUUCCGGUGCGCUACACAACGCCACUCUACUACACGCCGGAUGACGCGAGGGAACUGAUAAACACGGAAGCGUUUUUCCCUGCGCUUAAGCUCUGCAAAACCAUUGCGCGGCAGUACGGAUUUAUCCGUAAGUUUGUUCUGGACAGUGUCGAUGACCUUCGGAAUAACUUUACAUACGAUGUUUUUCGGUAA